AUGCCUGGUUAUGCGAAGAUGAUGAAGGAUUUGAUGUCUAGGAAGUUUGACUUCCAAGACUUGGCCACAGUCACUCUGACUCAAACUUGUAGCGCAGUGGUGACCAGGCCCGUUGUUGAGAAGCUCUCUGAUCCAGGGAGUUUCACUAUUCCGUGCACUAUAGGUAACUUUGCCUUUACUAAGGCACUCUGUGAUUUGGGGGCUAGCAUUAAUCUCAUGCCCCUGGUUAUUUAUAAGAGGCUGGGUAUCGGGAGAGCUAGACCCAUCUCUAUGCUGCUACAGUUGGCUGAUAGGACGGUAAAGCGCCCUUUCGGGAUCCUCGAUGAUGUACUUAUUCAGGUGGGGAAAUUCGUGUUCCCCGCAGAUUUUGUGAUCCUGGACUGCAAGGUAGAUGAGGAAAUUCCUAUCAUUUUAGGAAGAUCGUUCUUAGCCACAGGGAGAGCCUUAAUUGAUUGCGAGACAGGAGAGCUUAAAAUUAGGCUCAAUGAUGAAGAAAUUAUUUUCAAUGUGCAAAAGUCGAUGAGGCAUCCAAGUGAAUUUGCUAAUUGCUCCCUCAUUGAUACUGUGGAUGUAAUUGUUCAGUCAGAUGAUGAAGCAUUGACUGUGGAGGAUUCCCUGCUGGCAUGUCUGACAAAUGUGGAGGAUGUAAAUAGUGAAGAGUUGGCAGAAUGGGUAAUAGCAUUAGAAGGUAGGGGGUUUUGGGAGAGAAAUCUGGAAUUUGAACCCCAACACUUAGAAAAGAGAGAGAGCCCUCCGGCUAAACCAUCCAUUGAAGAACCACCAAAGCUGGAGCUGAAGCCACUGCCAGCCCACCUCAGGUUCUGA